GCGCAACGGCUCCGAAGGGUGUCCCCCACCAGUACGCCCCAGCCGCCCCAGCCGCGAACAGGGUGACACCUCGUGACAGGGUGCGAUCACGUGACACACCGUGUGGGCUAUUUGCGAGCGUAAGCAAGAUGGCUGUGGUGCCGGAGUCGCCCUACAACGGGUCCGUCCCUCCGCUCGGAUUGAGCUCGCCGCCUGCAAACUUUGACCAGGACGACAGGGAUGCAUUGUCGGAUGAGCUGAGGAACAUCCGCAGCAUGAUCCGGCUUACCAAGGGCAAUCUGGAGGCCCUGAUCGCCAAGUUCUCCCAAUACCAGCAUCCGCCGUCCAUGUACAUUGUGGAGUACGAAGACCUGACAGGGCGACUGAACGAGUUCCAGCUGCGGGAGCAGACGCUGCUGGAGCGGCUGUGUCAGCUGGACGGCAGCUGCUCCCCGGACCCCUGCGACACGGACUCGGAGGAGCCCUGCACCGCGCCGCUUCAGGGGCCCCGGGUACCCUCCACGGGUGAGGCGAAGGAGGUGCCCAGGUCGCCCAUGAAGUCGGUGGUCCGAGCUUUCCUGCCCAACCAGCAGAGGACCACGGUCCAGGUGCGGCCAGGCCAGACGGUGAUGGAGGCACUGUCCAAGGCCAUGAAGAGACGCAAGCUCACCACCGAGAUGUGCGUCGUCUACAAGUGCAGCACCAGGCUGGCGGUGGACUGGGGCGAGGACGUCACCAGCCUGGAGGACGACGAGAUCCAGGUGGAGAUCAAGGAGAAGUUUCCCGUCACCACCAGCAUCUCGCACAACUUUGUACGCAAGACCUUCUUCUCGCUUGCGUUCUGCGAGUGCUGCCGCAAGCUGCUCUUCCACGGGUUCCGCUGCCAGACGUGUGGCUACCGCUUCCACCAGCGUUGCGCCUCCAGCGUGCCCACCCUGUGCCAGCCGCUGCGCGUCGAGAACGACUACUACAAGCACCUGCUGGCCAUGCAGGACGUGGUAGGACCCCAGUACGAGGGAGGUGGCUACGCCCCGUUCCUGGCCCCCGCAGCCCCGUGCGAGGCAAGCGCACCCCUGAGCGUGCCCCGGCCGCACCCGCCACCCCUGGGCCAGCGGGAACGCUCCACCUCGGCCCCCAACGUCUGCUACAACCUCGUCUCCAGCCAGGACUUUUCGGCUGAGGACCUUGCAAAUCGCUACAGGUCUCACAACUCUUCGGCAGCCGGCGACCCAUGGCUGCCGUCCCCAGAGUCGUCCCCCCAGGCCCUGCGCAGCUUUUGGUGCAACGGCUUCCCGCCGCACUCCCCGCCCCCCAGGGGGGCGGCGGGGAGCACCCAGCACCUGACCCUGCCGCACGGUGCGGGGGGCGCCAAGCGCCAUGCCUUUGCGUACGCCUCCACCAGGGCCCCCGGAGGGGGCGUGGGGCUGGCCCCUCCCCAGAGCUGCUCGAGCCCUGGCGGCAGCCCGACCCGCACCCAGAGCGCCCAGGGCUCCCCGACCAGCGCCCACAAGGCGUGCCGACCCAGGGCACGCUCGGCCGACGAGAGCUCCAAGAAGCUCGUCACGCAGAAGCCCACCCGGGAGUCCAUCGAGGACUGGGAGAUCCUGCCGGACGAGAUCCUCACGGGGCCACGGAUAGGCUCGGGCUCCUUCGGUACCGUCUACCGGGGACACUGGCACGGUCACGUGGCAUUGAAGAAGCUGAACGUGACCAACCCCACGCCGGCCCAGUUGCAAGCGUUCAAGAACGAGGUCUCGGUUCUCAGGAAGACGCGCCACGUGAGCAUCAUCCUGUUCAUGGGCUGCGUGUCCCGGCCCCAGCUGACCAUUGUGACCCAGUGGUGCGAGGGGUCCAGCCUCUACAAGCACCUGCACGUCCUGGAGUCCAAGUUCGAGAUGCUGCAGGUCAUCGACAUCGCCCGCCAGACGGCGCAGGGCAUGGACUACCUCCAUGCAAAAAACAUCAUCCACAGAGACCUUAAGACGAACAACAUCUUCCUACACGACGACCUGACCGUGAAGAUUGGUGACUUCGGCCUGGCUACGGUCAAAGCUCGCUGGAGCGGGUCGCAGCCCUUCAGCCAGCCCACGGGCUCCAUCCUGUGGAUGGCCCCCGAGGUGAUCCGGAUGAAGGACCCGAACCCGUACUCGUUCCAGUCGGAUGUGUACGCCUUUGGCAUCGUGCUGUACGAGCUGAUCACGGGCCAGCUGCCCUAUGCCCACAUCAACAACAAGGACCAGAUCCUGUUCAUGGUGGGGCACGGGCUGCUGCGGCCAGACCUGAGCAUUGCCCGCAAGGACACCCCCAAGGCCCUGAUCCGCUUCACCGAGGACUGCAUCAAGUUCAACAGGGACGAGCGCCCGCUUUUCCGCCAGAUGCUGGCGUCGCUGGAGUCCCUGAUGCGAUCGCUGCCCAAGAUCCACCGGAGCACGUCGGAGCCCACCCUAAACCGGACACACUUGCAGUCGGAGGACUUCCUGUACGUGUGCGCGUCCCCCAAGACCCCGAGCCAGUUUGGGGCCUUCCCCUUCUUCUCUACCACGGGCAACUUCUGAGCCCUCUGGACGCUGCGCAAGAGGCGGACGGCAGACUGCCCUCGAGCGAGUCGUCCCCGUUCUUCUGCACAAACUGCUUCGUCCUCGGGGUGCGCGAGAGACAGGUGCUUCCAUCUCGUCGGUGCGUCUGCUUGGUGGAGACGGAAGGAAUUUGGUUCUGGCACGGGAAGAGGGACGGCAGACUUGCCACAUUCUCCCUGUCCUUGUUUUCCUUCCCACGCCCGGACGUCUCGUGCCCCGGUUCAUCGGCCGCGGGAUUUCCGUCGCUCUGUGAUUUGUGUACAGUGAGUGUUGUAUCAUACGGGACAGACUCCGAGACGGCUCGGAAAACUAGAAAGGCCAAAGGUGGAGAAAAGGACCGCUACUCUUAACAUGUGCCGCAUUUUUGGCUCCACAAACUUUUUUUUUUUAUUAUUACUUUCUCCGCUUUUUGGACGUCUUCUUUUUCCUUUUGCGUGGAAGACCGUGGGAUUUUGCCACCUUCCAGAAGGACAGUCGCUCCCUCAAGAGGGAGUGCGUGGGGAGCAUUGUGGCACCCGCAGCGGUCAAGUGCGCCACGGUGGUACCUGAGAACCGGGCCGCCAGACUCGGGUGCCGCCCGGGAGGAAUAAAGCAACGCCGAUGGA